CUGAGCGGAUGCGAAAAGGAGCAUUGUUACAUCACUUUUUGCAAUUUGCUGAUUGGCCAAUGUCACGAAGUAAACAAGGAAGUCGAUGCUCGGGGAAAGGUCCAUACUGCAAUAAUAUUACGGAGCCCAUGAUAAAUUUCCGCGGUCAAAUUUUAUCCCGUGACAGUUACGCCUGUAGCUGCAGCAAGGUGUCUAAACACCUGGUUAGUAGUUGUCCACUUCACAGCAAUGAAUCCACGAAUUACAAGACUGUUCACCCUUAUCGGAAUGGUUGGUGGAGUGAAUGUUGAAACAAUCAAUCGAGGAUGCAAACUGCUAUUUGGUCCUGGGAGAAGCGUGGUGAAUAUCUUGUUUUCGACACGUAACAAAACAUUCAUCUUGAGAAAUGGUAGAAAAAGCUAUAUUACUCUUCUUGAAAGACAAUAUUCAUUCAGAGGUUCCCAUAGAUUCUCCACUUCAUCUGAUGGAAGUUUUGACGAAAACGAAGUAAUAUGUUGGAAAUGCGGGAGACCAAUAACUUCAAGAUUUAAAUUUAUUUGCAAUCAUUGUAAAAUUAUUCUCCCACCUACAUUUCUUACAUUUUUUGAAAUAUUCAACAUGGAUGAAAAAUUUGAUAUUUCAACUUUGAAACUUCAGAAAGAUUUUAAAGACAUGCAACGUGUUUUUCAUCCAGACAAAUAUUCAUUACAAGGUGCGAGGGAGAAAGAUCUCUCCGCUCAAAUAUCUUCACUUUUAAAUGUUGCAUAUAAAACUCUGCUGGACCCGUUAUCGAGAGGAGUUUAUAUGCUUAAACAGAGAGGCAUUACUAUUGAUGAAGAAACUCAACUUAGCAAUCCUGAAUUUUUGAUGGAAAUCAUGGAACUAAAUGAACAGAUUUCCUCAUCAGAAAAUGAAGAGAAUUUGAGAAAGAUACAGGAUGAAGUUGUUGAAACGUACAAUGAAUUGAUUAAUGAAAUUUCAAUCGCCUUCAACUCAAAUAAGUUAGUUGAUGCAAAAGAAUAUAUUAUAAAACUGAGAUAUUAUAACAAUGUUUCUGAAAAAUUGAAACAUUUGAUUCCUCCAUCUUAGUGGAAAGAGAUGCGAUACAUAAAGUGACGCGUUGACAUGAAGUGACGCUGUGGUCACCUACACGAGUAAACCUUUAGUUGAAUAUCAGAAAUAAGCGGGAAUUUUAAAAUCAAAGGUAUAAGAAUAAUAUAUUUCAUGUACUUUGGUUUUAUUGAUAUGAUUAAUUUUGAGGUAUAUGACACAAAAAGGGAAUUAUUCAUCGCAAUACUCGUUGAACCAGGCAAAUAUUUAUGUAAUUCAUAUCCCGUAAUUUACUUUAACUUCGAGCUUGUUGUUUCUGUUACAGUAUUGACUUCAAUUACCUCUAGUCUCGUAUUGUACAUCUUUUCUGCUGUUAUGAUGGUGUAACAUAGAUGUGAACAAUUCAUUCAAAGCUUUUGAUUGUUCUAUCGGUACCCUUAUUGCUUUCUACCUAUUCACCAUUACUAAAUUCAAAUAAUCAUAGAAAUAUAUUGAUUCCACUACCUCAGUAUCACCAAAUACAUAUAAAAUGUGAACUAAA